UGCCAUCUCUUUGCCACUCACACUCACACUCUCACUCACCACUGUGUCUCAAAUGGGUACACUUAUACUGAAUACCAUUCCUUCCGCACUUGUUUUCUCGAUCUCGUUCUUGUUCAUUUUACUUUCCCAAAACUUGGUUGUUUCUGCGGAUCAAGUUUCCAAGACCUUCAUCUUUCGUGUUAAUUCUGAAUCCAAACCCUCUAUUUUCCCCACCCACUACCACUGGUACGCCUCUGAGUUCGCCGAACAAACCAACAUCCUUCACACAUACGACACCGUUUUCCAUGGCUUCUCUGCGUUUCUCACGCGCCAACAAGCUGCUUCCAUAAGCCAGCACCCUUCCGUCCUCGCCGUCUUCGAGGAUCGUCGCCGUGAGCUUCACACCACUCGCUCGCCUCAGUUCCUUGGCCUUCGCAACCAGCGAGGUCUCUGGUCCGAAUCCGACUACGGCUCCGACGUCAUCAUCGGAGUCUUCGACACCGGAAUUUGGCCUGAGCGCCGGAGCUUCUCCGAUUUGAACCUCGGCCCCAUUCCUCGCCGCUGGAAAGGGUUUUGCGAAACUGGAUUCAGAUUUUCACCCAGAAACUGCAACCGGAAGCUGAUUGGUGCUAGAUUCUUCUCCAAAGGUCACGAGGCAGGUUCCAGUUCUCCAGGUCCUUUGAAUCCCAUCAACGAAACCGUCGAAUUCAGAUCACCACGCGAUGCAGAUGGUCAUGGGACCCACACCGCGUCGACGGCGGCGGGUCGCUACGCUUUCCAAGCCAACAUGUCCGGUUACGCUUCUGGAAUCGCAAAGGGUGUAGCUCCAAAAGCUCGAUUGGCUUCCUACAAGGUUUGCUGGAAGAAUUCGGGUUGCUUCGACUCCGAUAUCCUCGCCGCCUUCGACGCCGCCGUAUCCGACGGCGUCGAUGUAAUCUCCAUUUCCAUUGGCGGCGGCGACGGUAUAGCCUCGCCUUACUAUCUUGACCCGAUUGCAAUCGGGUCCUACGGUGCGGUUGCAAGAGGUGUUUUCGUGUCCUCUUCCGCCGGCAACGACGGACCUAACGGAAUGUCAGUGACAAACUUAGCUCCAUGGUUGACAACAGUUGGAGCAGGCACCAUUGAUCGUGAUUUUCCAGCACAGGUGAUUCUCGGCAACGGGAGAAGAUUGUCCGGCGUGUCACUCUACGCCGGAGUGGCGUUGAAGGGGAAAAUGUACCAAUUAGUUUACCCUGGAAAAUCAGGGGUUCUGGGUGAUUCACUGUGCAUGGAGAAUUCACUGGAUCCAAACGUAGUGAAAGGAAAUAUUGUGGUUUGUGACAGAGGAAGUAGUCCAAGAGUGGCGAAAGGAUUAGUGGUGAAGAAAGCUGGCGGCGUUGGGAUGAUUCUCGCAAACGGAAUAUCCAACGGUGAAGGACUUGUUGGUGAUGCUCAUCUUCUUCCUGCAUGUGCCGUUGGUGCCAACGAAGGUGAUGCAAUUAAAGCUUACAUCUCAUCCUCUAAAAACCCCACAGCCACCCUCGAUUUCAAAGGCACUGUUCUCGGAAUCAAACCGGCACCGGUUCUUGCUUCUUUCUCAGCCAGAGGACCCAACGGUUUAAACCCUCAAAUACUUAAACCGGAUUUGAUUGCUCCUGGUGUCAACAUUCUCGCAGCUUGGACCGACGCGGUUGGACCCACCGGUCUUGAUUCUGAUUCUCGGAGAACCGAAUUCAACAUCUUGUCUGGUACUUCAAUGGCUUGCCCUCACGUGAGUGGCGCCGCCGCGUUGUUGAAGUCCGCCCAUCCGGAUUGGAGCCCCGCCGCCGUAAGGUCCGCCAUGAUGACAACCGCCACGUUGAUGGAUAACAGAAACCAGCCUAUGAUCGAUGAAGCAACCGGGAAUGGUUCCACUCCCUAUGAUUUCGGUGCGGGGCAUCUGAAUUUGGGUCUCGCCAUGGAUCCUGGCUUGGUCUACGAUAUCACCAGUAAUGAUUACGUUACUUUCCUAUGCGCUAACGGUUACGGACCUAAGCUUAUUCAGGUGAUUACUCGAACGCCGGCGAGUUGUCCGGCGAAGAAGCCGUUGCCGGAGAAUCUGAAUUACCCGUCUUUUGUUGCUAUGUUUCCGGUCACGUCGAGGGGGUUAGCAUCGAAGAUGUUUACACGGACCGUGACGAACGUGGGGCCUGCGAACUCGGUUUACAGGGUGAGGGUUGAUUCGCAGCCGAAUGGUGUGACGGUGACGGUGAGGCCGUCGCGGCUUGUGUUCUCGGAAACGGUGAAGAAGCGCAGUUUUGUGUUGACUGUGACGGCGAAUACCCGAAAUCUGAAGCUGGGUCCAUCAGGGGCGGUGUUCGGGUCGCUUUCGUGGACGGAUGAUAAGCACGUCGUUCGUAGCCCAAUUGUCGUUACUCAAAUAGAACCGUUAUAAAGCUUCGAUCAUGAUGUUUUGAUCGAUGCGACUAGUGGCUCGUGAUUCGUGAGUGCCUGAGUGGCAUCUUCAUAAGCUGCCAAGUGCCAUGAAUGAUAAUAGACAAUGGGAAUCCUUCCAAUUUCUUAUUUUUCUUACCUUCUUUUUACUUUUUUUUGCUCUUUAUUUAGAAUUGUGUGUAACCUCUUUGUUAAAAUGACAAGGUUAGAGUUGUAAUUGUAAUCCUCUAUUGUACUUUUUUUAAGUUUGUUUUGGGUUUACUUCUUAGCUUCCUCUUGUAUUUAUAGACUUCUAGGUGUCUAUUUAUACUUUCUAAAAAA